AUGGCCGCGUCGAUUGACAACAGUUCUGAACUCGUGUCCAAUUGGCAUACUGGAAUUGUCAAUGGCUCGGACUUCCAGCCUGCUCUGUCACAGAGCCUCUUGCCUGCUGUCCUCGCUGGAUGGUCCAUGUGGCAGUACAUUCUGACUUUCCUCCUCGGAGUCAUAGUCUACGAUCAAGGUAAGCAGCAUUGCUUAUCUGUCCUUGAGAGAUCAACAUAG